AUAGCGCUCCACCGCGCGUUGCUCCAAGAGCACCGUGACUUCUUCUUGGCAUCUCAGCAAAUGUCUCCAAGCCCAGCUCUGCGCCGCCGCGUGAGCAAGUAUGCCAUGCCGGCGCGUUUGUGGAGGCAUGGAAUUCACUCUUUUAUAGAGCUUUACCGC